AUGUCCUUUGGGCUGAGCUUGAAGCCAUCAAAUUUGCCGGAGAAGACUUUGGCGUUCACGAAUCGGUGCUAUGCGAGCCAAGCGGAUCUGGAGCGAUUGUGCGGGGCACCUUCCAAGUCCCAAUAUGUGGAAGUGAAGAGCUGCGUGUUCAGCAUUGAGGCACACCGACUAAUGGAGCCUGGCACAAUUGCCUUCAACAAAGUCCAGCGGGAGUUCGCCAAAAUUGGGCUGAACCAGGAGGUCUUUGUGAAGCAGUUCCUGGUGCCUGCAGGUUUUGACCUCGGAACCUGCAAGAUGGAGGUGGACUUCUUCAUCAAGCCCACGCCAGAGACACCGAAACUGGAGGUGAGGGAUGAGGAGUUGGAGUCGCUGGUCAGGAAAAACUUCGAAGCUCAAGUAUUCGCCGUGGGACAGACCAUAGCGGUGGACUACAAUGGCCAGCUCUUGAAGUUUGACGUGCGCAGUUUGAUGCCUCCGGAUUUGGGAGAUGGCGUGGCCAGGACGAAGGUGAACUCUGGGCUCUUGGCCUCUCUGACUGAGCUGGAUUUUCAGCAGGGUCCUUCUGGAAAGCUCCAUGUCUUGUCCAACAAAGUGCAGCAGCGAAACAUCUUCCGGCCUGACUUCAACUUUGAGGACCUUGGCAUCGGUGGCCUCAGCAAGCAGUUCGGAGACAUUUUUAGGCGAGCCUUUGCGGCGCGGAUCUUCCCACCUCACAUGAUCCGGGAUUUGGGCAUCAAUCACGUGCGAGGCAUGCUGCUAUACGGGCCACCUGGGACAGGGAAGACGCUGAUUGCCAGAAAGCUGGCGAAGUUCUUGAAGGCCGCAGAGCCCAAGAUUGUGAAUGGGCCGGAAGUCCUGAACAAGUAUGUCGGUCAGGCAGAAGAGAACAUUCGAAACCUCUUUGCAGAUGCCGAAAAAGAUGAGAAGACGUUGGGAGAAAAUUCUCCCUUGCACGUGGUCAUCUUUGACGAGAUAGACUCCAUUUGCAAAUCACGAGGCUCCACCCGGGAUGGAACUGGGGUGCAUGACAGCAUUGUGAACCAGCUCCUGUCCAAGAUUGACGGUGUGGACUCCUUGAACAAUAUCCUGCUCAUUGGCAUGACAAACCGCAAGGACUUGAUCGACGAGGCACUCCUUCGGCCCGGGCGGCUGGAGGUCCAUGUGGAGAUUAGCCUUCCCGAUGAGCAUGGCCGCGUGGAGAUCUUAAACAUCCACACGAAAUCCAUGCGGGACAAAGGCUACUUAGACCCAGCAGUCUCCAUCCAAGAGAUCGCAACACGAUCAAAGAACUUUUCCGGCGCGGAGUUGGAAGGAUUAAUCCGUUCUGCAACCUCUUACGCGAUGAAUCGCAAGGUCAGCUUCACUGACCUUAGCAUAAAGGACGGCGACUUCCGUGUUUGCAACGAAGACUUUGAUAUGGCACUCGACGAGGUUAAGCCAGCCUUCGGGCAACAUACAGAUGAGUUUGAGAAAUGCAUACCAGGUGGCCUCCAGCCGUACUCAGAGGAAUUCAGCCAUAUGAUAGGCUCCUGCAUGAGCAUCAUCGAGCAGUUGCGAGGGAGCACCAACACACCCCUCAUGAGCUUGCUGCUGCAUGGUGAACGUGGUUGUGGUAAAACUGCCCUGUCGGCCCAUCUGGCGCAGAAAUCAGACUAUCCGUUCGUGCGGCGCAUCACCAGUGAGAACUAUGUCGGGUACUCCGAGCCUGCGAAGAUUGCAGCCAUUGCCAAGGUCUUUGAGGAUGCAUACAAGAGUGAUCUGUCUUGCAUCGUGCUGGAUGACAUCGAACGUUUGAUCGACUACGUUCGCAUUGGCCCUCGCUUUUCUACGCCGGUUCUGCAAGCUCUUUUUGCCCUUUUGAAGAAACCCCCUCCAAAGGAGAAUUCCAGGCUUCUUGUUCUUGGUACCACAGCAGAUCCGCAUUUCUUGGAGGAGGCGGACUUGUUCCAGGCCUUCAAUGUUGCACUUCAGGUGCCGGUAUUGUCACAGCCUCCUCACUACAAGGCGGUUUUGGAGGCACUGCCGGGCUUCACAGCCCCAGCAGUUCAGGAGAUUUCCGCUGGAAUUGCUGGCAAAAGCAUUGGCAUCAAGACCCUGCUGCUGGUGGCAGAGAUGGCAGUACAGCGGGAGAACCCAGUGCAGAUGGGAGUUUUCCUGGAGUGCUUGAAGCAGUGCGGCAUCGCAUAG